GUUUGACCCAGACGAUCAAAUUGCUGAUAUGAGAACUGAUAGCCACAACGGUUCGUUUCUAGAUCGGUUUUUAAAACCUUGAACGAUGGGCUAAUAGUAUUCGAGUAAUUCACAAUGGCGCCCUACAUGCACAUCUCAGCGUGCAUUGGGAACAUCUCCAUGUUCUGUGGGGCGCCCACAAAUGUGAAUUAAGUGGCAAGCUAGAGUGAGAGCAAGAGCUAGUGUAGAUUGAUACAGGAGAUUCUGUGGUUCUGUACACACCACACUACAAUCGAACGACACAUAGAUGAGCUGCACCGCAUUUCUGAAUGCAAUAUAUCGGACAUCACUUAUGAUACAUCAUGAAACUGGGACCCGCCACGUAUGAGAUGUGCGGUGUUAGAUGAGUUGGAAAGACAUUGGGAUAAACUUCAAAUCCAGUUCAAGAGGCAGUUGGACUGUUUGCUUUCGUCACAAAAAUGGUUUUAGUUCGGUCCAAGACUUACGACAACAGUGGUCUUCGGUCUUCAGUAUUCACCGAACAAGAAGGACCCAUUGACAGACAGCCGAUCCAAAACCGACCCAUUGAUAGCCACUUAAUCGAGCAAAAAGGAUUCGGGAGAAGGGUGAUGCUGCAGCUGAACCAGAUAUGACGACCAUGAUCGACGGAAAGAAGAGAGCAUGCGUCACUGGAGGCACCGGCUAUAUGGCAUCUCUACUUGUAAAGUUGUUGCUUGAGAGAGGCUAUGCUGUUAACACUACUUGCAGAUGCCCUGACAACCAGAAGAAAAUGUCUCACUUGUUGGAAUUACAAGCUUCCUUUGAGGAGCUGAGAAUUUUUCGAGCCGAUCUGACCCAGGAAGGAAGCUUUGAUACUGCUGUGGCUGGUUGUGACUUUGUCUUCCACGUUGCUACGCCGAUGAACUUUACUUCUAAAGACCCAGAGAAAGACAUGAUUAAGCCAGCGGUUCAAGGGACAUUAAAUGUUCUAAGAGCUUGUGCAAAAUCAAACACAGUGAAGCGCGUGAUUUACACAUCUUCCCUAGCUGCUUCCAUGGGCCGAAUUAGUGGAACUGGUACAGUUAUUGAUGAAGGGUGCUGGACCGACGUUGAGUUAUUGGCGUCUGAGAAGCCACCUGGUUGGGGAUAUUCAGUGUCAAAGACACUGGCUGAGAAGGCAGCAUGGGAUUUUGCCAAAGAAAACAACACGGACCUAAUUGCCAUCCUCCCUCCUCUCAUUGUUGGUCCUUCUCUUACACUGGAGGUGUCUGCCAGUUUCUCCUCUGCCAUGGCCUUCCUCACAAGAAACCAAUUCUUAAUUAACAGCAUGAAAAAUGUGCAAAAGUUAUCCGGUUCAAGAUCGAUAUCACAUGUGGAAGAUGUCUGCCAGGCGCAUAUAUUUGUUGCUGAGAAGGAAUCAGUGUCGGGCAGAUACAUUUGUUGUGCUGUCAACAUCACUUUUUUGGAACUAGCAAAUUACCUGAAUAGGCGAUAUCCAGAGUAUAAUGUUCCUACUGACUUCGGAGAUUUCUUUGAGAAGGCCAAGGCGAUCUACUCCUCAGAGAAGCUUAUUAAUGAAGGCUUCCGUUUCAAGUAUGGGAUUGAAGAAAUUUAUGACCAAGCAGUGGACUAUUUCAAGACUAAAGGAUUGCUUCCCAAAUAAAGGCAAGAAGCUUUUUGUGUACAGGUUGCUUCCAAGAUUGCUUAAACCAGGCAUAUGUCCCUAGCAGAGGUUCCUUACUGAGCCAACAACUUAUCACUUUGGAUUUCAUGCGGGUCUCUGCGAUGACUUUCAACCAGUCUUGCAUAGACACUCCUAAAUGGAUGUUGUGUCCAUGUCAGACACAUAUAUUGGAGUCCAACAUUAAUUGUAUUCUUGAGGAUACUUUUACAUGACAUUUCCACUUUUAUCUCUUUGAUUAUUUGAUAUAAAUGAACAAAUAAUGUACAAGAUAAAUGCCAUUUUGUCAUAUUAAAUGUCUAGAAGCCCAAAUUUUUCUUCUUGCUGA